UACUAGAUUGUUCCACAAAGCUGGCCGACCAUGGAGAACUUUAUAUUUUCUGUAAUUUAUGCUAUUAGAAUACCUUUAAGUAACAUUAUUCAACUUCUAAAGUUAUUUUGAACUCUAGCAAAAAAUUAAAAAGGUAAUUUUCAAUCCGUUAUUUCUUUGUGGCAAGAGGUGAGCAAAUACUUAUUUAUUGUGAUAUUAGUUAAUUAGUAUCCUUUUUGAUAUUCAACAGACGAGAGACGAACCGAAGGGGUACUUAUGUACCAUCACGUGGAAAACCCUGUUUUAGAACAAUUCUCCUCCCCAAUGGCAGGAGUUGAGUCUUGGAACAUUUUGGCCUCAGAGGAUUUCGCAUGUAAUCCUGCAAAGAUGAUGAGUGACCACUCACUGAUCAUCUCUGAUAAUCAUGUUGAUCAUGGGUACAUAACAAUGAAAACCGAGGGCAUGGAGGAGGUUGUUCUGGACACCACUCACGUUAAUCAGCUGUUUUUCCACGAUGCUGUCUCAAAUGAGCUAAUCGUCGAGCAGAAUGUGGAAGUUGGCAGUGAAGACCCUCAUGCAGAAAUCAUUUUAGUUCCCAACACCAUGAUUAAGCAGGAAGAUAUCAUUGAGGGUGGUGAAGUUAUUGUUGGAUCCAGUGUUGAAAGUGAGGUGGUUAUAGAUGAUCACAUGGACACUCAUCUGGAUACAGAUCAUUUUGUGAUAGGAUCUUCUAUCGACAUAGGGUCUGAUCAAAUGGAUGACCCUAGUUUCGAAGACACCAAACUCGUCAUAGAUACGCAGUAUGAUCUUGAAGAUCCUUCUUGCUUAGCUUAUGAUUGUGGUGAGUGUGGUGUGGUUUUAAAAAACAGAGUGGCGUUUAAGAAGCACCUAAAAAGUCAACACGGCAAAUAUCAAAAGGGUAAAAGCAAAAAAAGUUCAAAAGAUAAAUACCUUUAUACAAACAAGCGGUAUAAUUGCCCUUCUUGUACAUACUCAUCACAAAGGAGGGAUAAAUUAGACAAGCAUAUGGAAAAGCAUGUUCUUUUAGAUGGCGUUCAUCCAUGCGGCAAACGGCGGCAUAAACCCGAAGCUUUACCUCAGCGACACCGGCAUAAUGCAGAAGAAUACAAAUGUCCUUUGUGUCCAUAUUCAUGCACUGUUUACAAAGCUCUUAGAAAGCAUCAAAAAGUGCAUGCAGCCGGCACUGAAACAUUUACACUCAAAUUAAGUUGUAAAAUUUGUGGUAAAGAUCGGUCAACUGAGAGUGAAAUGCAAAAACAUAUGAGAAAGCAUCGAAAUGAAGAACACUUUCUAUGUGACCUAUGCAAUUUUUCUAGCGUUCAAUUAAAAAAAAUUAUUCAGCAUCGUAGGAUGCAUACUGGAGAAAAACCUCAUUUGUGUCCUCAUUGUAGUUAUCGAUCAGCUCGUAGAGACAAUUUACGAUCUCAUGUACGUAGAAUGCAUAAAAGGGAAAAUAUGUACAUUGAUACAUUUAAUCCAAAUGAAGACACUCCUCUUUAUCUAACUUUUUAGUUCAAUUAUUUUUAAAUUCGGGAAUUCAAGCUAUAGAAAUGUAUUUAAAUUGCUUUUGUCUCACAUAGACAAUUAUACAAUGAUGCUUUUUUACUCAAAAGGUAAGAAACCCUGCUACUACAUAAGUUCCAUAAAUGAACGUGUUAUAUUAGAAAAAUAUCGAAAGUGUUGCUUUUAAAAUGUGAACUCAGGGUUGCUGCAUAUAAAGAGCCUGAGAGGCAGGAAAAGUGCAGAAUUGUUUAAAAUGGGGGGGGGGUAAUAAAUAUGCUCAAAGAAAAAUUGGAAGCUGGCAAAACACAAAAUGAUUUGUAAUUUCUUUUGAUACAUAGCUGAUCAAAAUCAAUAAAAGGUUUUUAAAAAGUCAAUUUCAGGGAUGACUUUUUAAUAAUUUUGUUAGACGUUUCUGUUAAGUUAUGCCAGAUUAAGUUUUACCAGAUAGUAUUGGUUCAAUAAAAUGGCAUUCACUUUUAUUGGUAUGUUUUGUGUUGACCAGGAGAAUGUUAUAAAUGAAAAUAGUUACAAUCUAGUUAAGUAUAAUGUUAACAGUAGUAUGUACCAGUUAAUAAAUAUAAUAGGUAUUUAAUUUAGUGACUUUUAAUUUAUUGCAUUUUGGGGGUGUAUUCUGUUCCUACAACUUAGUUUAUUUCUGCUUGGUUUGAAAAUUUAAAAAAGUCUGUUAUCAUUAGUUACGAAAGUUCAAAUAACAGUCGGAGCCCGAUUUAGCGAAUUUACCGGGACCGAAACUUGUAUUCGUUCAAUCUGGGUUAUUCGUAAUAUCGGUGUGAAAAAUUUCUUUUUAAAAUGCACCUUUUUUUAUAAUCUAAAAUCCCUGAUAAACAACUGCACAAAAAUAUCCAUAAUUAGAAAGCGUACACUUAAUAUUCAGCCUUCCACGACUCAUUACACACUACUUAAUUUGAAAUUUUAUUGCACUGAGUAAUAGAUGUUUGACAAUUUCCUUGAUGCUUGACUCGAAAUAGUUCUUUUUUGACUUUAUGGAGAGAAGAAAAUACUGUGUUUUUUGUAGCCUGCUGCAUGAGAUGUUUUGGAGUUUCCAUGCCUGUAAAGCAUUUGAAAAAGUAACAGUGGGAGUUUCUUUAUUGCUCUCUGCAUCAGAAUCACUACUCGUUGGUUGCCCCCUCGCCCUCUCCCGUCAAAAAUGGCUGGUUCUAAGCAAAGUCUUUUUCUGCUUCGGACAAUGUGAAUGUAACAUUUGGAAAACAAUAAAAUAUUUCAAAACUCAAAUUAACAAAAAAAAAAAAAAUCGGCUUUUAAAAUAAUUUAUUAAUUUGGGGUUUAUUAUUCGUUAAAUAGGUUUUAUUGCAUUCAUUUUAGUUGAGGAAAAAGAAAAAUUCGUGAAAUUCGUUAAAUCAGGGUCCGACUGCUAAAAGAGGGGACAAAAAUGGAAGAUAAAAAAAAAAAACUCUUAAUAAAUUAUGUAUAGAGUCAAGCCCUUCUUUUCUAAAAAGAUCACCCACUGGAUCAGAAUUUUUUUUUUUUUUUGAAGUUGUCUGUGAAUAGAGGUAAUGGAUAAAGCAAUACUUAUUCAAUACAUUCCAGUAAAUAUUACUGUAUUGGUUAUUAUAUUUAAUAUCUAUACACCUUCACAAAAAAAAGGCUAAUUGAGGCAGUGAGAAGCAGUGAUGUAAGUGAACCAUUUAAAGUCUCGAGUAAAUCAUAUUUAAAGUUUGAUUUCUAGGUAAGCUUUCAUUAUUAUUUUUUUUUUUUCUAAAUCAUGCUGUACAGCAGCACCUACUAAGGCUACUAGUACCCUUGCCCCAAGACGAGAAGAGGUCCACCUACCAUUUGUACUGGUUAUCUCCAAAUUUUUAACUUUGCCACUUACAUCCCUUUGCUUCUCACUGCCUCAAUUGAAAUUAGCUUUGCCUUUAGCAAUUUCUGAUAAGCACUCAUUGUUUCUAUACAAUCUUUUUGUGAAUUUUAGUUUUUAAUUCCACAAGAUUAAACGUCUUCACACUUGUUUACUAGUUCAUAUUUCUUUAUGAGUGUUUGAGUUCUUUUACAGUUAAGUUGUGCUGCCUAUUCACCUUCUUUAUUCUAGUCUUGCAUGUUCUUAUAACUUCCACUUUUCUGUUCAAAGCUGAUAUAAUUUUCUUUAAAAAAUCAUUUAAUAUAAUUUAGUGCAUGCAGCUAGAAUGUGAUAUACGUUCUGAAGCAGUGAUCGAUCUAGCCAAUCGUUGAGGGCACCUGAUAUCAUUUCAUUUAUUUAUUUGUAUACAAAGCACUAUUUUAUACAGUACAAUCUUAAUUCUCACAAAGUUUGGGAGGAAAGGCAUUUUGAACUAAAUACAGCCAACGAGAACCCGGAUUUAGUGAGGAAAUCAGAAAUACUUGAUUGGUACAAUGUUAAGUCAACGGGAGCAUAACUCGUAAUGAGCACAAACUCCUCUUAAAGCUCAGCGAGCAAUAUUUUUGCGAUUCGUAUAAUUUCUUUUGAUUUCCAGCUCAGUUUAUCCUUUUUUAGUAAAUUUUCUUCAACAUUUCAAAGUCAACCAAAGUUUGAUAAAUCAUAAAUCCUGAGACCAAGCGAUGACAGCACUUUUUUUAAUUUGUGGAGUAAAUAAACAUUUAAAAGUUAUAUAUAUGUAUGUAUGUAUGUCUUCCUCAAAAACAAUGACAAAGGAAAGAGACAUUCAGACAUUUCAAAGCAAAAUAACAAACUUAUUUGGUACUGAACAGUGAUUAAAAUGAAGAAAAAAAGAAACUGUUGAGUUUUUAUUUAUUUAUUUAUUUUUUUUUUCAAACUUGCUGUAUACAAGCACUCGGUUAUGAGGAGCUAAUAUCACAGUCCCUUUGAGCUCGUUAUAAGCCAGUUCGACUGUGAUAUACAAUUUCCUCUUAAAGAAAUCGAAAAGGGGGCCGUCUGUCAAAGAAAAAUAACAGACAGAAUUUGGAUCAGCCCUCCUCCAUAAACAAUUGAACUUUAUAGGCAUCUUGCCUAGGCAUGAAAUUCUUCAACAAAUCUGCAAUUUUAUGCUUUUCGUCAUUGUUUACUGUUUCUCCUUAAUUUGUCUUUUUUUUUUACCCUGCAAUUAUUUUUUUCCCCUUUUUGUUGUGUGUAAAAUUGCUAAUCCUGUGCCAUAGCUAGGUUGAUGUUGAAAGUUAAAACAAUUAAUGAUGGAAAAGGAAUUUUUUUUUGACUGUGUGUGUGUGUGAAAAUAAAAUUUAAGUCCGGUAAUAACUUUAGAUGUUUAUUGAAAUGGAGAAUUUCUGUACAGUUUAAGUAGAUUAAAAAAUUACUCUGUAAUGGAAAAUCUGCUCAACAAUGUGCCAAACUCAAAUCUUUGAUUUCGAACUAUUAGUUAGGUGCAAUAAAUUUAUUCAGGGUUAGUUUCUUGUUCUGAGCAAAAGAAAUUAAAAUUAUGGCCCUUUUCCUUAGGGGCAGACUAAAAAUCCAUUUUGCACAACAAUAUUUGCAACAUUACACAAGCCAAAAAAAUGAAUUUCUACCUUUUUAAAGAAAUGUUGUCAAUUUCCAUAGGCAUCACUCUCCCGAAUUAAUUUAUUUCAAGUAGAGGGUGUGAGGGAUUUCAGCUGAAAUCCAGCCACCUAGCAUGACAUUUAGUCCCUAUAUGCUUAUACAUGUAUGUGUGUAAA